GUUGUCUCAGAAUCGAAAAUAUAGCUUGGUGUCCGUACCGUCCGCCCCUUUUCUGCUUUCCCCACAAUCCAAUGUUCUUGGGGUAGCGGCAGGUUCCGUGAUAUCGAGACGAAGCUCCCCGCCAAACCUGGAUGGACAUCGCCAGGUAUAAGCACUCCUUUCGCACUCGCCAUCUACCAACGCCCUUCUCCGUCACUAUGCUUUCUGGCAUACUGAUAUUUAAUCAGAAAGGCGAGAAUCUUAUAUUCCGCGCCUUCCGCAAUGACUGCCGGCCACGACUAGCCGACGUAUUUCGAAUCCAGGUCAUAUCCAAUGCGCAAGUGCGGUCACCGAUAUUGACGCUGGGAAGCACCACAUUCAGCCAUGUCAAGCAUGAGAACAUAUACCUGGUGGCGAUAACGAAGAGCAAUGCCAAUGCAGCGCUGGUGUUUGAGUUUUUAUACCGGUUUAUAGCGCUUGGGAAGGGAUAUUUUGGGAAGUUCGAUGAAGAGGCCGUCAAGAAUAACUUUGUGCUGGUAUACGAGCUCUUAGAUGAGGUUAUCGAUUUUGGGUAUCCGCAAAACACAGAGACCGACACGCUGAAGAUGUACAUCACAACUGAGGGGGUGAAGUCGGAGCGGAUGAUGGAGGACUCGGCCAAAAUCACAAUGCAGGCCACAGGCGCGCUCUCCUGGCGCAAAGCAGACGUCAAGUACCGCAAGAACGAGGCCUUUGUCGACGUAAUCGAAGAUGUCAAUCUCCUCAUGUCCGCGACCGGCACCGUCCUCCGCGCCGACGUCAACGGCCAGAUCGUCAUGCGCGCCUACCUCUCCGGCACCCCCGAGUGCAAGUUCGGGCUAAAUGACCGGCUCCUUCUCGACGGUGACGGCCUAUCAUCUCUUCCCUCUGGCAACCGCCUCGGCAGCAAAGCAACAAAGGCGGCCGCUGGCAGCGUGACUCUAGAGGAUUGCCAGUUCCACCAGUGCGUGAAGCUGGGCAAGUUCGACACAGACCGCAUCAUCUCCUUCAUCCCGCCAGACGGUGAGUUCGAGCUAAUGCGCUACCGCGCGACGGAGAACGUAAACCUGCCGUUCAAGGUGCACGCCAUCGUCAACGAGAUCGGCAAGACCAAGGUCGAGUACAGCAUCGCCAUCCGCGCCAACUACGGGUCCAAGCUGUUCGCCACCAACGUCGUCAUCAAGAUCCCCACACCCCUUAACACCGCGCGCAUCACUGAACGUUCCACUCAAGGCAAGGCCAAGUACGAGCCCAGCGAGAACGUCAUCGUGUGGAAGAUCCCGCGCUUCACGGGACAGAACGAGUUUGUGCUGAGCGCCGAGGCGAACCUGACCAGCAUGACGAACCAGAAGGCCUGGUCGCGUCCGCCGCUGAGCUUGAACUUUAACCUACUCAUGUUUACGAGCUCGGGCCUGCUGGUGCGCUACCUGAAGGUGUUUGAGAAAAGCAAUUACUCGAGCGUCAAGUGGGUGCGGUAUAUGACACGGGCGGGGUCGUAUGAAAUUCGAUUCUAGCGUAAGGUGUUUACAAAGCGGGACAACGGAGCAUAUACGGCGCAGAAUAAGCUGGAAAUACGGCGUGGGCUUGCAUUUUGUUAUCUUUUUGGGGCGCUGGGCUUAGCAAAACUUCUGUAGAUACAAAACUACAGAUUGUUUUGGGGACUACUCACUGGUUAUGAGAAACCAGUUGACACUCCGUCCACUCCAUUCCCACCCAUCACGCCUCCAUCCCCCGCGAGCGAUGCAACGCCCGCACCCUAUACAUCUCCCCUCAUGCUUCCAUAUCCUCCCUCCCCCUCCCUUUCCCGACAAGCUGCGCAGUCAAACAGGAGAUGUCUCUGUACCUCUUCAGCCCCCCUCCGCGCUUCCGCGUCGUCCAGCUCCUCGUGCGUGCGGCAACGGUAGAAGAGCGGGAUGGGGGAGGCGGGGUGCCCGCACCGGUGGAGGGAGUGGAUUGUUUUGCACAUAGUGCUUGUCGAGUGUUUGGCUAGGAUUUAUGUGGUUUAUUGUGAUGAGCGUGGUAAAUGUGUUACUGCAAGUUGAACUUUUGCGGAUGAUUAGCAUGUCAGAGGGCGGAUGAUAUAGACCUGUCUGGCUGUCCUGUGAUUCUACCAACUGUGAGGCAUGUUGCGUAUUCGCUGCGAAAAAGGGAUUGCAUGAUUCGCACUGACGGAUAUGUAGUGACUGAUUCUAAGGAGUAAUGCCAUGUCAUAGCUACGGAAUAAUGCUAUAGCUAUAGAAUACUGCU